UGCAUUUUAACAAUCUGUAGACUGAUUCAGUCUCCAGGUAGAUUGAUUAAAAGUAGUAACAUUUUUCUUCGAUAAAUUUUGCAUCCCGUAUGCAAUAAAAGAAUUUGAUUUUUAAUAAUUCUUAGGAGAUAUGUUUUCCUAUCGAAUAUGCAUUGCAAAACUUAUAUCGAGAAAAAAUAUUGCUACACUUAAUUUAUAGUUAACUAUACUACAAAAUAAUAGCAUAGUGUCUACACUUUGUCAUCAAGGUUUGAUAGUUUUACAAUUAAUAUUAUAAAUAACAAGUUAUUUUGGAUACAAUUUUUUAAAUUAAUUUAGGGGUUUUUUUCUAUUGUGCCUUCUCCAUUUUUUUAAUAAUUAAUUGAUUAAUAUUAAAACUUAAAGCUCGUUUCAGACCACAUAUUGAAAAUUGAAAUUCGACCAAUCAGGGUAAAGCAAGCAAAAUAAUAUUGUCUGAUUGGUAAAUUCUAUUCUCCGUCUCGCUAUGCAUUGACUCUGAAGCGAGCUUUAAACUCUUUGGUUGUGAUCACGCUAUAAACACUUCGGAAUUUGAAUCUUGUGUUUUAUCAUAAUGUGCCAGCGAGAUUUUAAUGUCUCAAAACGUUUCUCAUGAUAUAUCGAUUUUAUAUUUGUAAUAUUUUUGUGUAACAAUACGUACUAUCAGAUAUAUUCGUGCAACUGCAAAGUCACAUAACCUAUUGACAUGUCACUGGCGACGCACAAGCAGCUAUACUAACGUUGAAUUAAAGAUGUAUCAUCAGUUAUCUUCUUAAUGAAGUUCAUCGUUCACGUUUUACGGUGGCAAAAAAAAAUAUACAUAGUGAUAUUUCUAUAAUCUAAUAAUUCGAUUUCAUAUCGACGUCAUAAUGUGUGGAAUAUUUUGUUCUAUAUAUCGAUCUACAGACGACGCUGAAGGCUCUAAACAGUUUCAGUGGAACAUUUGUAAGGAUCUAAUUUCUACACGAGGUCCUGAUCAUUUAGCAGAUAAACACAUAUCGUUAAAUCAUGAGUGGCAAGGAUAUUUUGCUAGUGCAGUAUUGUGGAUGCAAGGACCAAAUAUAACAACACAACCAAGUUUAGAUCUCAAUGGUAAUCUGCUACUUUGGAAUGGAGAUCUUUUCUCAGGUUGUUUGGCAAAAGAUGAUGUUUGUGAUACAAUUACAGUACUGGGUGAAUUUGAAUCAACUACAGAUAUCAUACCUGUGCUUCGCAAGAUUGAAGGCCCUUAUAGUUUAAUAUACUAUCAAAAGUCGAGCAACAUAUUAUACUUUGGACGAGAUAUUAUUGGGCGGCACAGUUUGCUUUUGAAAGUAGAUAAUGAAGUUAAUUCAUUAACUCUGACUUCAGUUGCAAGUAAAAAAAUGAAAGGGAUCAUAGAGAUACCAGCUAUAGGUAUCUUUGCAAUGAAUUUAAAUAGUUCAUGUAUUAACUUAGCAUGCUAUCCAUGGAGAGAGCCAGACUUAAGAUUCACAGAUGUUAUUGAAGCACUGGAGACAAGUUUAAAUGUAGAUAUUAGUAUUAGGAAAACUAUAUUAAACACUUAUUCAUCACUGACCAAUUUGCAUCUGCAUCCUGAUCCAAAGGAUUUGGAAUAUCUAGAAAACAUAUCUUGCACUAAUGAUUUUAACAAGAUACUGCAGUGUUUAUUGGAAAAUCAAGAAGUGAAUGAAAGAGUUGAACGGCUGACAGAACUUUUGCAUCAAUCUGUGAAAGUCAGAGUAAAAAAGAAACCGAAUUACUGCAAAAACUGCAUAAAGGUUGUGUUAAGUGGUGGCAAUAUUACUUGUACUCACUCAAAAAUUGGCAUAUUGUUCUCCGGCGGUCUAGAUUCGGCAAUUUUAACAGCGAUAGCUGACAAACACAUUCCCGAGGAUGAAAGUAUUGAUCUUAUUAAUGUUGCAUUCGAAAAAUCUGUAAGUAACCAGAACGUAAGUCAUACGAGUGACGAGAAAGAAAAUGUAACACAAAAAUAUGAUGUGCCAGACAGGAAAACUGGACGACAAACGUAUAACGAGUUGUUGCGAAUUUGUCCCAACAGAAAGUGGAACUUUGUACAAUGUAAUAUCACGCAAGUAGAACUACAGUCGUAUCGCGCUUCGCGAAUCUGCGAUUUGCUGCACCCGUUGUGCAGAAUUCUUGACGAGAGCCUAGGGUGUGCCAUGUGGUUCGCAAGCCGUGCGAAUGGUCUUCUCUAUCCAAGUAACGAAACAUACGAGUCGCCAUGCAGGAUAUUACUUUUGGGCAUAGGCGCUGACGAACUGUUCGGUGGAUAUAUGAGGCACAGAACUAUAUUAAGACAUAAAGGAUGGGACGCAUUAGUGCAAGAAUUGAACAUCGAAUUGGCUAGGAUUUCCGAGAGGAAUUUAGGUCGGGACGACCGAGUUGUUUCUGAUCAUGGGAAACAACCUCGAUUACCGUAUCUGGAUGAGAAUCUAGUACAUUACGUACAACACCUGAAACCAUGGGAAAGGUGCUACCCAACCGAAAGAAUGCCGACUGGAUUGGGGGAUAAGUUACUAUUACGUUUGUUAGCGUGCAACAUCGGCUUCCAGAGCACGGCUAAUUUUCCCAAAAGAGCUUUCCAAUUUGGCUCGCGAAUUGCUAACAGCAAGGAGAAUGCUAACGACAUAUCGAAUAGAUUAUAAAAUAUUUUAAACUAUAUUUUACUUGCGCUGCGAUAUGUUUUGAAGUUCCUAAGUUGAAGACAUUUUAGAUGUGCGAUUCACUCUGUGCGGCAACAUCUAUGCUUACCGAGAAUAGCACGAGACUUCGUUAAGGCGUGUAAGAAUUACCCACACAG